ACAAGACGUUUCACUUCAAACUCAGCGCAGCUGGAGGAGAGCAAUGCUUUGGGCUGCUCCUGUUCCUGGGCUGUUAGUUGUGUUGCUCCUGCUUGCUGGAUUGAGCUGUGAAUCAAACCACUACGAAAAAAAGAGGCAGAAAAGAAACGUUUAUGAUGAACAGCCUCGUCUGUCCUCAGAGCAGGGCAACCUGGUGUUCCACGCCGGCUCCAGCAAAAAUAUUGAAUUUAGAACUGGACCACUGGGGAAAAUAAAGCUUAAUGAAGAAGACCUUGCGGAAAUGUUUAGUCAGAUGAGAGAAAAUAAAGCAGAGAUUCAAGAACUUAAGAAAGCCAAUGGAGUCUCUCAGAACGUGUCCCACCAAGUCUCUCUUCUGGCUUCCAAGGUCACAGAUCUUGACAUGAAACUUCAAAGCUUAGAGCAGGCUCUGCAGAGGAGAGCCUGCAGCAGCAACCCCUGUGAGAACUCGGGGACCUGCGUGAACUCACUGGAUGGCUUCUUUUGCCUCUGUCCCAGCAACUGGAGGGGCCUCCGUUGCUCAGAGGACGUUAAUGAAUGCCAGAUUUAUGCUGGAACCGCACUGGGCUGCCAGAAUGGAGCCACUUGUGUGAACACACCAGGCAGCUACAGCUGCUCCUGUACUCCAGAAACCUAUGGACCCCACUGUGCCUCAAAGUUUGAUGAUUGCCAGGGUGGAUCUCAGAUGCUCUGUGGGCAUGGCACCUGUGUUGAUGCAGAACGAGACACCCCCAACAAGCCCAAGUACCGCUGUAUCUGUGACACUGGCUGGAUGUCCCCUCCUGGCAGCCCCGCCUGCACUGCUGAUAUAGAUGAAUGCAGCCUCCCUAACCCUCCAUGUUCACAGAAUCCAUUUGUGCAGUGCCACAACACGCUCGGCUCCUACUCGUGUGAUCCUUGCCCCACAGGUUGGCAAGGAAAUGGCUACAGUUGCCAAGAUAUUGAUGAAUGUGGAAGUGAUAAUGGAGGCUGUUCAACAGCACCAAUGGUUCAAUGUAUCAACACAAUAGGAUCCUUCCGCUGUGGAGUCUGUCCACCAGGUUAUGAGGGAGAUGGACAAACAUGUACCCAGGUUGAUAGCUGCUCGAUAAAUAAUGGAGGGUGCCAUCCAUUGGCAAAUUGUACCUCUACUCCAGGACUAAUACCAUUUUGUUCAUGUACACCUGGGUACACUGGAAGUGGAUAUGGGCCAAAUGGGUGCUCUCCUCUUGCUGAUAUCUGUCAGCUGCAAAACCCUUGUGCUAAUGGUCAGUGCUUGGCGAUGACUUCUGGAUAUUUCUGCCUGUGUAACGCAGGCUGGACAGGCACUAAUUGUACAGAGAACAUUGAUGAAUGCAUUAGCAACCCAUGCCAGAAUGGUGGAAGCUGCACUGAUGGGGUCAAUGGUUACACCUGUGAGUGCACCAGCACCUGGACAGGACCACAAUGCCAGACUGCCCAGCAAGCUUGUGGAGAGUAUCUUUCAGGCUCCAGAGGGACUUUCAGUUACCCUAACAACCCAAGCAGCCAGCGCUAUGAAACUGGGCUCAGCUGUGCCUGGGUUAUUCAAACUGCUCCCAACAAGACUCUGCAUAUUACUUUCCCAUUCUUCCAUCUGGAGGAAAGUACUGACUGCAACUCUGACUUCCUUCAAAUCCACGAUGGGGGUUCGGCAUCAGCACAUAUGCUGGGAAAAUACUGUGGUUCCAACCCUCCUGCAGAGCUUUUCAGUUCCCACAAUUCCCUUUAUUUUUGGUUUUUCUCAAAUCACGCCAUUACUGCAGGAGGUUUUACUGUUCAGUGGGAUUCUCGAGAUCCUGAAUGCGGUGGUGAGGUAACAGGUACUUAUGGGUCAAUAAGUUCUCCAGGAUACCCUGGUAACUAUCCUGUAAACAGAGAUUGUUUCUGGACCAUCUCAACCAAUCCUGGCCUCCUCAUCACUUUUGCCUUCGGCACACUAAGCCUAGAACACCAUGAGAACUGCAGUUAUGACUAUUUAGAGAUUCGAGAUGGUCUUCUUCCACAAGACCCUGUCCUUGGUAAAUACUGUAGCACUAGAUCUCCACCCCCACUCCAAACCACCGGACCAUAUGCAUGGAUUCACUUUCACUCUGAUAGUAUGGUUACUGAUAAAGGCUUUCACAUUGUCUAUACAACAUCAGCUGCAGAUCCAAGUUGUGGAGGAAACUACACUGAAAGUGAAGGUGUUAUUGCAUCUCCUUUCUGGCCUAACCCUUUUAUCAACAGUCGACAAUGUAUCUACAUUAUCAGACAACCAGAGGAUGAGAAAAUAUACCUCAACUUUACUCAUUUGGAGCUGGAGAGCCACGCUGGUUGUUCACUGAGUUUUAUCGAGGUUCGAGAUGGUGACAGUGAGAUGUCUUCUCUGAUUACCAGAGCCUGUCAAAGUGCAGUUAUAUCUCCAAUCACUUCUACCAGCAACAGUCUCUGGAUCAAGUUCAAGUCUGACACUUCUGUGCAAAGGGCUAGCUUCAGGGCUGUUUACCAAGUUGCCUGUGGAGGCUCCCUGUCUGGAGAAGGUAUUAUCCGUUCACCUUACUACCCAAGGAUGUUCUCCCAACCAAGGACCUGUGAGUGGAUCAUCUCCCAGCCAGUGAGCAAAGUGGUGAUUCUUAACUUUACCGACUUUGACAUUCGAAAUACAACAACUUGCAACUCAGACUAUGUUGAGGUCAGAGAUGGCAACAGCACAGAAUCUCCUCUUUUGGGGAAAUAUUGUGGUACAGCUGUACCGUCUAGAGUGCAAUCUACAAGGAACAAUCUCUAUAUAAAAUUCAGCGCAUCCUCUCUUACCAACGUUGGCUUCAGAGCUCAGUACUGGCCAUUAGAUACAGUAUGUGGCGAGUCUCUCAGUGAAUCAGAAGGAACCAUUACAAGUCCUGGUUUCCCGGAUUUAUACCUACAUGGUAUUAAAUGUACCUGGACCAUCAAUAUUCAACCUGGCUACCUUAUCCGCCUGACGUUCACUUCAUUUAACUUGCCAUUUGAUAACAGAUGCAGAAUGGAUUAUCUUGAAAUAUAUGACAACAGCACUAUGCAAAAAUUAGGAAGGUACUGUGGAAGAUCAAUUCCACCAUCUUUUACUAGUGGAGGCAACGUGAUGAUGUUGUACUUUGUGACCAGCCACAGCAUUUCUUCUGAGGGCUUUUCAGCAAAUUAUAUCUCCUUGGAUGCAUCAAAAGUGUGCUCACACAACUACAAUACUGAAACUGGUGUGCUAACGUCUCCAAACUAUCCAAAUAACUACCCUGUCCAGACUGAGUGCAUCUACACCAUCACAGUGGGAAUAAACAGACAGAUUGUGUUGAGCUUCACCAACUUCACUCUGGAAGGAAACUUACGCUGUACGGAGGAUUAUAUAGAAAUAAGAGAUGGAGGCUAUGAAACUUCUCCUUAUCUUGGAAAAUACUGUGGUACAGAGCUGCCUCCGGUUAUAAUAUCUCAUGGUAACAAGCUGUGGAUCAAGUUUGUAAGUGACAUAUUUGGCACGAGAAAGGGGUUCUCAGCAGAAUGGGAUGGUACAUCAGCAGGUUGUGGUGGGACUUUGACAACAAGUUCUGGCAUCUUCAUGUCUCCCAACUACCCUAUGCCAUAUUAUCACAGUUCAGAGUGCUACUGGCUGCUCAGAGGAAGCAGAGGAACCCCAUUUGAAAUCCAGUUUGAACAAUUUCAUCUAGAGUAUCACCCAAAAUGCAACUUUGAUUACCUUGCGAUAUAUGAUGGCAACAGCAGCAAUGCUAAACAGCUUGGUAAAUUCUGUGGGAAUCAGAUACCACCACUCAUCAAUUCAAGUGGAGACAGUGUGUACAUAAAACUGAGGACAGAUAGCAGUCUGCAUGGUGGAGGUUUUUUAGCUAAAUACAAACAAGUUUGCCAUGAAGUUCUUACUGUUAACCAAAGCUAUGGAGUACUGGAAAGUUUAAAUUAUCCAAAUAAUUACCCACUGAGGGAGCACUGCAGAUGGACUAUUCAGGCCACAAAGGGGAAUACGCUCAGCUACAGCUUCACAGCCUUUGAUGUUGAAGAUAGAUCUAACUGUGACCGUGACUACUUGAAGCUUUAUGAUGGGCCUGAUGUACAGUCCAACCUGAUAGGCACUUUCUGUGGACAGUCUCUUCCGCUGGCAGGGAACACCACAGGCACCAGUCUUCAUGUGGAAUUUUAUUCUGAUGGACUGCAGGCUAGAAGUGGUUUCCAGAUGCUGUGGCAUAUUAAUGGUUGUGGAGGAGAACUCUCUGGCCCUUCUGGUUCAUUUCACAGUCCUGGCUACCCCAACAGAUAUCCAAGCAACAGAGAAUGCAUCUGGUACAUUCACACGACGCCUGGUAGCAGCAUCCAACUCACCAUUCAGGAAUUUGACGUUGAAUAUCACCCAAACUGUGACUAUGAUGUUUUGGAGAUCUUUGGUGGCCCUGAUUUCCUCUCUCCCAGACUAGCCCAGCUGUGUAUUUCAAGAUCUGCACAAAAUCCCCUCCUGGUCUCUACUACCGGCAAUUCGGCUGUUGUCCGUUUCAAGACAGAUGAAGAAGUGACUGGGAGAGGAUUCAGUGCUUCCUGGCAAGAAAAUCCGCAUGGCUGUGGUGGUAUUUUUCAAGCUACCAGUGGGGAAAUCCAUUCUCCAAACUAUCCUGGGCCUUAUAGUAAAAACACAGACUGUUCUUGGCUUAUCCAAGUUGACUCCAGCCACAGGGUCCUACUGAACUUCACGGAUUUUGUCAUCGAACAUCACCGGUUAUGUGACUAUGACAACGUUACUGUGUUUGAUGGUCCUAGCAGUGAAGCGCCCCUUCUUAGAACACUCUGUGGGAUACAACGUCCUUCUCCUAUUACAUCCUCCAGGAAUCAGAUGUACGUCCGGCUGCGCAGUGAUCAGUCCUUUCAGCACAGGGGCUUCAGUGCUCGCUUUAGUGAAGCAUGCGGAAGUUUCAUAGAGUCAGAUUCAGUUGGGGCAGCAAUUUCCUCUCCUCUGUAUCCUGCCAAAUACCCAAACAAUCAGAACUGCAGCUGGAUCAUUCAGGCUCAGGAACCAUUCAACCACAUCACACUGUCCUUCACUGAUUUUGAUAUUGAAAACAGUAGACAGAACUGUACAACGGAUUUUGUGGAGAUUUUGGAUGGGAAUAACUAUGAUGCUCCUCUUCAAGGCCGUUACUGUGGUACUACCAUGCCACAUCCUAUCACUUCUUUUGGUAAUGCUUUGGUGGUCAACUUUAUCUCCAACAACAACAUUACUGCCAGGGGCUUCCGUGCCAUCUAUGCUGCAUCAUCAUCAUCGUGCGGAGGUACUUUCCACAUGGACAGAGGAGCUUUCAACAGCCCUGGCUAUCCUGAGCCGUAUCCACUCAACACCGAGUGUGUCUGGACAAUUCUCAGCUCCCCUGGCAACCGGCUGCAGCUGUCCUUCAUAACAUUUCAAGUGGAAUCUAGUAUUGGCUGCACCAAAGAUUACCUGGAAAUUCGUGAAGGGAAUGCUACCGGCACGCUGGCAGGAAAAUUCUGUGGAGACUCCUUACCUUCAAAUUAUACAUCUACUGUUGGGCAUAUCCUGUGGGUUAAAUUUGUCUCAGACAGCUCAGGCACUGAUGUUGGCUUCAGGGCCACAUUCUCACACUUGUAUGGAAAUGACAUUGUGGGAGAUAGAGGACAAAUAGCUUCACCACAGUGGCCCAGAAGUUACCCUCACAAUUCCGAUUACCAGUGGAGGAUAAGUACCAAUGCUUCACAAGUUAUCCAUGGCCGUAUCCUGGAGAUGGAUAUUGAGAAUCAUUAUAGAUGCUAUUAUGACAAGCUAAAGAUAUAUGAUGGGCCCAGCAUUCAUUCUCGUCCUAUUGCAACAUACUGUGGUGCAGAUCCAGCUUCUUUUGCAUCCUCUGGCAGCACACUGACAAUACAGUUCCAGUCAGAUUCAUCUGUGACUGGAAGAGGCUUUCUUUUAGAGUGGUAUACAAUGGAACCUUCUGCUCCCACACGCACAAUUGCUAGAGGUGCAUGUGGAGGGACUGUGACAAGUGAAGAAACACCUUCAUUCCUCUACUCGCCAGACUGGCCUUUGAAUUACAGAAAUUUUGCUGACUGUGUGUGGCUGAUCAGAGCUCCUGGAUCCACUGUGGAGUUUAACAUCCUGUCCCUGGACAUUGAAUCCCACAGUUCAUGCUACUAUGACAGACUUACAAUCCAAGAUGGAGACAAUGGUCUUUCUCCAUUGCUAGCUACUAUAUGUGGACGAGAACCUCCUGGGCCAGUGAGAUCAACUGGAGAGACGAUGUUCAUCCGCUUCAUAUCAGAUGCAACUGUCACUGGAGCUGGAUUUAAUGCCUCAUAUCACAAAAGUUGCGGAGGCUAUUUACAUGCAGACAGGGGUGUGAUCACAUCCCCCAGCUACCCUCAGCACUAUACUCCUAAUCUGAAUUGUUCCUGGCAUGUACUGGUAACCCCUGGAUCUAUCAUAACCGUCCAUUUUGAACAACCUUUUCAGGUUGAAAGUGAGGAUGCUUCCUGCAGCUCUGGUGAUUACGUGGAGCUUAAGAAUGGGCAAGAUGCUUCUGCCCCACCCUUGGUAUCUGGAAGGGGAAAUGGACGCUUUUGUGGAAGCAGCCCCAUCUCUACCAUGUACACCACAGACAAUCAGCUAUUUGUCCGCUUCAUUUCUGACAGCAGGAAUGAGGGUCAAGGAUUCAAACUGAAAUAUGAGGCUAAGAGUCUAGCUUGUGGAGGGAAUAUUUAUAUCAAUGACUUCAACCCCAGUGGAUAUACAUCUUCCCCCAACUAUCCGAACAAUUACCCCUUGCACGCUGACUGUGUCUGGACCAUAACUGCUCCCAAUGGACAUGCAGUAGAACUUCAAUUUGAAGAUCAGUUUUACAUUGCACCUUCACCAAACUGCACUUCAAGUUACCUAGAGCUUCGUGAUGGUGCUGACUCGAGUGCCCCUGUCCUUGCCAAGCUUUGUGGGAGUUUGUUGCCAGGCUCACAGAGAUCCUCAGGAGCUGUCAUGUACCUGAGAUUCAGAUCUGACAGCGGUGACACCCACGUGGGAUUUAAUGCUAAAUAUUCAAUUGCUCCCUGUGGUGGCACAGUGGCAGGACAAACUGGUGUUAUUGAAAGCGUGGGAUAUCCUGACCUUCACUAUCCAGACAACCUGCUGUGUGAAUGGUUUCUGCAGGGGCCCAGAGGCCACUAUCUUACCAUCACACUGGAAGAUUUGGAUAUUCAAGACGCCUCUGAAUGUGCAAAUGACUUUGUGGAGAUCCGAGAAUACAAUGCUUCUGGAAAUUUGUUGGGCAGGUACUGUGGUAACACUCUCCCUGAUGCUGUGGAUACCUCUGACAGUUUUGCUUAUGUCAAGUUUGUCACCGAUGGAUCGAUAAAUGCCCGAGGAUUCAGACUGCGCUUUGAUUCCAGUACAGAAGAAUGCGGUGGCGAUUUUUCUGCCCCUGUUGGAAUGUUUACUUCACCGAACUAUCCCAACCUAUACCCACACAAUCGAGUAUGUGAAUGGAGGAUCACAGUGGAAGAAGGCCGACGUGUCAUCCUAACCAUUAAUGAUAUGAAAACUGAAGAACACUGGAGGUGCUCAUCAGAUUAUGUGGCUGUUUACAACGGCCUCAGACAGAACUCUCCCCGUCUGGUCAAGCUGUGUGGUGAGGUAAACCCAGGCACUGAAGUGAAAUCCUCUGGAAACACUAUGAAAGUUGUUUUGGUAACAGAUAUGUCCCAUGCAACCAGAGGCUUCAGUGUCUCAUACACAUCCAGUGAAGAUGCAGUUUGUGGUGGAACUCUGAUGGGAAAUAGAGGUGGGAAUUUCUCUUCUCCUGGUUAUGAUGGUGUUAAGAAUUACACAAGUAAACUGAACUGUGAAUGGACCAUUGAAAAUCCCUCCCACUACAACACUUCCAUAUAUAUCUCUUUUGAGGAUUUCCACUUGGAACAUCAUCAGGACUGCCAGUACGACUACUUAGAGUUACGCAUAGGGGAUGCUGAUGGAGAGCUAAUAGCCAGACUCUGUGGUCAGGCUGCACCAUCAGUGCCACUUGUGAUAGCUGCACCCCGGGUUUGGAUGCACUUUGUAAGUGAUGAAAACACAGAAGAUAAAGGAUUCUUGGGCCAUUACGUAUUUGAAGCCUGUGGUGGUAUACAAUCAGAUGAAAGGGGGUUUAUCUCGAGUCCUAACUAUCCAGAGCCAUAUGGCAACCUGAAUCACUGCUCCUGGCUAUUGGAAGCCCCUGAAGGUGAAACCAUCACUCUCAAUUUUACAGCCUUCCAUGUUGAAAAUCAUUCACUUUGUAAGUGGGACUCUGUUACUAUCCUGAAUGGUGGCUCUCCUGGGUCUCCUGUCAUAGGAAGGUACUGUGGAAACAUAUCCCCUGGGAUCAUUCAGUCAGGCUCCAACAAGCUACUGGUUAUCUUUAACUCUGACCACUCAAUUCAAGGAGGUGGGUUUUACGCAACAUGGACAGCAGAAUCUCUAGGAUGUGGUGGGAUCAUUCAUUCAGAUAGUGGUAUGAUCAGAUCUCCUCAUUGGCCUCAAAACUUUCCCAUGAACACCAGAUGCGUGUGGACCAUCAUUACGCAUGAAAGCAAACACCUGGAGAUGAUCUUCCACAAUAACUUCCAGAUCCCAUCUAAUGAUGGAAGCUGCCAGAGCAGCUUUGUGAAGGUAUGGCAAGGAAAUCAUGAAGAAGAAGCAGCUUUGUUAGCUACAGGAUGUGGAACUUCAGCUCCUGACCCUGUUAUCGCUCCAAACAAUAUCAUAACAACAGUUUUUCAGUCUCAGGAUGCUCCUGGGAAAGGUUUCUCUGCAUCUUUCACAAGCAGAUGUGGAAUAAAUUUUACCAGUCCUGCAGGUCGCAUUAUCUCUCCUAACUACCCUAGUCAGUAUGACAACAACUUGAACUGCAGUUAUAUCAUAGAUCAGGGGCCGCAGUCACUGGUAAUCCUAGAGUUUGAGACGUUCCACUUAGAAGCUCCAAUGCUCUUGAGCAGAAUCUGUCUUUAUGAUGGAGUCAGCAUCUUCAGGGGCACCAGGGUUACCGCACACCCUGUCAUCACGCUCUGUGGAAGUGAGGUCCCUGAGCCUAUCAGUGUCUUUGGACCUAUGCUACUCAACUUGUACACCGACUCGCACAUCACAGGCUUUGGGUUCCAGGCAAGAUACAGAACAAUUGCUUGUGGUGGCACUUUCAACGGCACUGUUGGAGUUAUCAGCAGUCCAGCCCAUUCAGUUCUUGAUUAUCACAACAACAUGAACUGUUCGUACUACAUCACAGUUGGAAGUGGAAAAGUAGUGGCCCUCAAAUUCAACGCCUUCCAGCUUGAAGUAUCUCCCUCCUGCUACAAAGAUUACGUGGCUGUAUACGAUGGCUCAGACACCAAUGCUCCUCUCCUUGGGAAAUUCUGUGGAUCAGAACUGCCUCCAAAUAUUAAAAGCUCCAGUAACCAGUUGUUCCUGGUAUUUAAUACGGACUUCUCUGGAUCAGACAGAGGAUGGAAAGCAUCAUUCAUGGAGACUUUAGGACUCCAAGAUGGCUGCGGUGGCUACUUGACGUAUUCAUCUUAUAGUUUUGGCUCUCCGGUCUCCAACGUGAGCGGGAGAUAUGAGAGAAAUCUGGAUUGUGUGUGGGUCAUAACUGUACCUGAAAACAAGCUGAUCAACCUCACCUUCACCUCAUUCAUGCUGGAAGCUCCGUUUGCUCAGGCCUGCUACUACGAUUAUGUCAAACUUUAUGAUGGAGGCAAUGAAAAUGCCAACUUGGUUGGCACAUUCUGUGGAUCUACGGUGCCAGCUCCUUUUCUAUCUACCAGUAAUUCCUUGACUGUGAAAUUUAUCACAGACAAUUCUGUGCAAAGGGAGGGUUUCAAUGCUACCUACACCACAGUGGAUCGAUUAUGUGGAGGAACGUAUAAUGCAACUUCUACCUCCCUAACUGCAACGUCUCCUAACUUCCCCAGUGAAUAUCCACCAUUUACUCUUUGUACUUGGGUCAUUGAUGCCCCUCCACAGCAGCAGGUCAAGGUGGUGGUAGAGACCUUCCACCUCCAUCCCAGCCAGGAUUGUUCUCAGAACUACCUGCAGCUCCAGGACUUACCAAUGCACAGCCAAGGAUCAACCCAUAGAUUCUGUGGCACUGAAACUUUUCCAGUCCCUGAAUUUUAUUCUCAUGAUCGCACGGCCAUCGUGACUUUCAAAUCAGAUGAAUACAGGAUUAACAAUGGAGUCAGGUUUACAUAUCAAGCUGCAGGUUGCAGCAGGGAGUAUAACCAGCCAUUUGGUUCCCUGAAGAGCCCUGGCUGGCCUGGUCGUCACCCCAAUAACAUGGACUGUUCUAUUGUUCUGCGAGCUCCCCUGAAUCACACGAUUUCCCUCUUCUUCCAUGCUUUCAGUUUGGAGGACAGCAUCCAGUGUUCACACGACUUCCUAGAGGUCAGAAAUGGGAGUAAUGUGCAAUCACCACUGCUUGGCAGGUUCUGUGGAAGCACUGUGCCCAGUCCAAUCUUCCCCCAAAAUCAUGUUGUUUUCCUUCGUUUCAAGAGUGAUAUUUCAGGAGCUCGUGAUGGAUAUGAAAUUACUUGGACAUCAUCAUCAAGCGGAUGUGGAGGAAUGUUAUACGGCAGCACCGGCACAUUUGCCAGUCCCAGAUUCCCUGCAACUUACCAGAACAACACUGAUUGUGAGUGGGCCAUUACUGUGCCCAAGGGACGAGCUGUCACAGUGAACUUUGAUUUCAUCAGCAUUGAUGACCCAGGGGAUUGCAGUAGUAACUACCUGAUCCUUUAUAAUGGACCAGAUACCAGCUAUCCCCAGGUUGGGCCGUACUGUGGAAUGGAUACAAACAUUGCUCCGUUCACUGCUACAUCGCAUCAAGUCUAUGUCAAAUUUCAUGCUGAUUAUGUGACUUUGCCAUCAGGAUUCCGGUUGAGCUGGACAAGCUAGAAUCUCCCUUAAGAGAAAUAUACAUCAACUGUCCAUUGCUAUGUAGAAGAGACUUUAGAUCACAAAACACAUUUGAAAGCCUGUUAUGAUGCUUGUGAGUCAAGCAAGGCCUUUUGAAAAUUACUCCAAGUACAGCUGUUACAAAUUGCAAAGUUCUGUCAGAAACGUGACCUCUCGCACUGAAAAUAAACUCGUUUUGAAACAUAUUUGA